AUGGGUGCAGACACCAAGGCGAAAGAUGGAAAGCCCGACUCCAAGAACAAGACCAAGGACGGCAAACCGCCUGGGCGAGGUAAAGUGAAGGCUAAGCCGCAGAAGACGAUAUUCUGCAUGUUCAACUUUCAGGGAGUGUGCAAAUUCUCUGCAGAAGAUUGCAUUUAUGCGCACAGCUUGGAGGAGAUGCGUGGCGCCCGCUGUGUCCGAGGCUAUCCAGUUGGAGGACAAGCAGGGGAACCAGUUGCCAAAGGCAACUUGAUUCCCAAUGCCCCACAGGUCAUGGAAUUGCCUCCCGUAUCCACACUUCUUGACGCAGGACCGCCGAGCACGUUUCCGCCAGCGCUUGCCACCUUGCCUGAGAGCUUGGCUCCAGAGGGGCAGUCGUUGCAACUCACAUCUGCACCCCACGUAGGGGCCAGACCUUCGAAAGAACAAGUGGUCCUGCUGCAACAGGCCAUUGCAGAGUUGCAGCUGCAGUGUGAGAUUGUGAACCACCUUCUGGAAUCAGUUGAGGUUGCGAGGAGGACGUGCAAUGAAGCGGUUUGGAUAUCGCAGCAGGGAGUUCAGUGCGCAGCAGGCUGGCAUCCAGGCAUCUCGGAGCCCGAGCCAAAGCUUGGGCAGCGUGCCGCAUCUGC